GUGGCAGCAGUUUCUUUUCUCUGCUGUUAGCUAGACGGUGUAUAAAAAGAUUGGCUGAGCCUCUCAGUGCUUCAGUGGAUUCCACAACGCUGGUUUCACUUCUUCUGGGAUCACAGGAGGAUCACUUGCUUUAUUGAUUAUGUCCCAUCAAGCGAAAGCUUCUGGGGGAGGCAUGCAUCCUGGGGGCUCUCCCGCUACUCACCAGGAAAAGGGUGCCAAAGGCUCAACCCAUUCACCAGGUUUUAGCAGCAGUGGCAUCUCCCCUGGACCCCAGGCCUCCCAUAUGACGUCCCACGAGGCCAGCUCUCAUGGAGGUGGAGCUCCCCGGGGUGGUACAACUUCCACUGGCCAGCCCGCCCCAAUGGGUGACAAAGGAGGAAGACACUGAAUAGAAGAAAAACAUCAGUCCAGAAGUAAGCUCUGCAAGCAGUUCAUCCUUUACCAAUGGUUAUCUGACAGCUUCUCCUCUUCUCUGCUUUCCCUGUCACUGCAUGAAAGGCAAAGCCUUUUUCACAUGCUCUAAUAAAGUAUAUUAAAAUGGUGGA